AUGCUUAUAUUAAGAGGAACAAAGAAAAACCACAACAACUAUCUCAAAUGUAGAUAUUUUUCAAAAGUCAAGUAUAUCAAAAACACAAAAUUUAAGGAGGAACUAUACAAAUAUCACCAUGAGCAGUAUAUAGAUGAUGUUAGCAUAAGACCAAUUUUAUAUUUAAAGGAAGAAAUAAAGAAAGAGAAAGACAAAGACGAGCACAAAUAUAACCAUGAAUACAAAUACAGCGGAGUAGACAAAUAUAAAGAGAAAGAAAAAAAUAUGCAUGACAGAAGGUUAAAACGGAAUGUGCCUCUAGUUUACAGUAACGAAGUAAGCAAUUUAGAAGAAUUAAAAAAUAAUCCUUUUACCCUAGUUAAUGUAAAAAAUAACAAUGGAGAGUCAUUUGGCAUUGCCACCUUCAACCCUUACUCUUUAAUUACCGCAAGAAUAAUAAGUCAGAAUACUCUUUUUCCAAUUAACAUAAAUUUUUUUAUAGAAAAAAUUAAAGCUUGUUUACUGUGGAGGUCCAAGCUUACCAAAGGGGGGAAAAACCGCAAUAUGAUAUCAUUAAGCGAACUUUCAUCGGAUGACAACCCGUCAUCUAGUGCAUCUACUGGAAUGCCCAUGUAUUCGUCCACCAGUGCGACCACUGAAAUGUUAAAGUGUUCAUCCAGCAGUACCCACACUAGUGCGUCUACUGGAAUGUCCAUGUAUUCAUCCACCAGUGCGACCACUGAAAUGUUAAAGUGUUCAUCCAGCAAUACCCACACUAGUGCGUCAUCUAAUGUUUCCACUAGUGCACACACGAAUACAUCUAGUAUGCUCUCGUCUGACAUAAGCCCGUCCGCUCAUGUACAUGCACACCCAAUGCUGGAUAACCAGUUUUGCUAUCGACUAAUUAACAGCGAAGGGGAUAACCUUCCAGGACUUAUAAUUGAUCGCUUCGAUGAAUACAUUUCAGUACAACACUUGACAGUCGGAUGUGAAAUGCUAGCUUGCAAUAUCAAUGAUGCACUUAUUGAACUACUAAAGCCAAAAGGAAUCAUAUUUCGAAAUGACAAUAAAGAAAGGUUAAAUGAAAAAUUAGAAAUAUAUAAAAAAGUUGUUUAUGGAAAAAUACCUGAACAAGUCAUAUUAAUUGAAAAUGAUUGUUUUUUUUUAAUAGAUCUUAUUAAUUCACCAGGCACUGGAUGGUUUUUUAACAGAAAGUGUUUAAGAAAUCUUUUAUGCACAUAUGCAUAUCAAAAGAAUAUCCUCGAUUUAUUUUCUUAUGUUGGAUCAUUUGGAAUUCAAUGUGCAAAAAACGGAAAAGCAAAAAGUGUUAAGUGUGUAGAAAAGGAUAAAAAAUUUGUACAGCUAGCUAAAAAUGCUGCUUACUUAAAUAAUAUAAAAAAUAAUAAUAUUGAAUUUAUUUGUUGUGAUUAUUUACAAUUUUUUAAAAAUUGUAAUGAACUGUUUGAUAUAAUCGUUUUGGAUCCUCCAAAUUUAAUCCCCAAAUCAAAGUUUAUUGAAUCGGGUAAGAAAAGAUAUAUCGAUCUGAUUAACGUAGCUCAAAAAUAUAUUACAUCCAAUGGGUUACUACUAAUAAUUUUUACAACCAAAUUAUGCUCUUAUCAUGAUUACAUAAAUAUUAUUAAUGAAUCAUUUGUUGGAACUAAUAGAAGUGUUAAGAUUGUAGGACAGGGGCGUGCUUCCCCGGAUAAUCCUGUGCAUAUUUCUCUCUAUCUCUUUGCAGAUUUUUAUUGGUUCAUUUUGCAAAUAAGUUUCUGA